UAGAUGUUUACUUAUGGCUGACUCGCAUUAUCUAUCGAGAUAGACUAGUAUUAGACUAGUAGAGCUACAGCUCAAACUGCUCCAGACGAAAAUGCCAGUAUAUCUCAAAUAGAAACAGAUCUAGAAAUUGAAUGCUCAAGACUUGCUGAUUUCCGUCUUAUCUUAUAUGUUAUAGACGUUACUUCAAAAAAGAAGAUGAUUACGUCUCGGCCACAGUGACAAGGCUAAAGCUCUUCUUGAUCUGUAUAAUGAUAUAAUGUAUUGUGAAUCAUGAAUGGUGACAUACAACCCAAUAAUACAUUCACUUCAUUCAUUCAGUCACUCAGAGUCACAUACUGACACUGAAAUUUAUUUGAUUCACCUACAGUCUAUUUUGUUCUAUUAAAAUUAGUGAUUAAACUUGAAUUGUAAAAUACUAAAUUAUAUACUAAAUAAUCCCUAUGCCCUAUAUGAUGAGUCUUUGUGGACUAUUGGUUUUGUAUGCACCCAUGUUGCAUAUUAAUAGUACAGGUAGAUCUAUGAAAGAAGAAGCAAUAACGCUAUUACUAUUUGAUUUAUAAUGUAGGUACCUGAUGGCUGCUAACUCUUUUAAAAAAUUCUGCAUUCUGAAAAUUAAUCUUUGUUUAAAAUAGGCUUUUAAUAAUUCCACCAAGAGUCUAGGUCUUCCUAAAAGCCCUACAAUUCUAAAAUGUCAAUGAGAACCAGGAUUCGGGGAUUCACAGCAUGGGUAAACCUUCGUUUGAUGCCCUACAAUCAGUUGAUGUCAAAUGUACUGAUGGACUUAUUGCUAGGCACCAGCAUGAAACAUUUGAUGGAGAGUAUCACUGGAACAAGUAUUAAAAGACUUGACUCCAUGGAUGGUUUGUCACCUCAACAAAUACAGACAAGAAUAAACUGGGCUAUUGAGGAGCUCAAAAAAUGUGAGAUUCUUCCUAAUGAUGUUUAUGUUGACAGUAGGUUGUUCGCCAUGAGGAAUGCAGAUCAUGUUUUUGAGCUGCUCUGGAGACUUAUUUGUCAUGACAUCUGGUUUCUUUGGGAAAGAUACGAGUACCUACAACAUGAUGACCCUCAAAUAAUCACACAAGUACCUUUUAAAUGGACUCCAGACCCUCCACCAAAAGUUCAAAGAAAGGAUUUAAAAAAAUCAUUGUUAUCAGGAUUUGGCUCCUCUGCUUUAGUAUCACCUGGAGAAAGUAAUGUGGAGAAUUCAACCUGGAUUAAGUUUGAAAAGAGUGAGUUUAUGAAAAACUUUAAAGCAAAGAAGUUGGAAAAAGAAAAGUAUCCAGAACCAGAAGCUUGUAUUUUAGAAAUAGUUAACAGUCAACUUAAGAAAACAAAUGAAGGUAAAAGGAUCUUUUGUUCUUGUUUAGAUGACCUUGUUGACAGCCGCAUUCUUUGUGCCCUUUUGAAUUCCUUUGUUCCUGAUACAUUCAUAACAAAGCUGCUUUUAAAUGACAGAUGGACAGUCAAUCUUGUAUUGAAAACAGCAGAGAAAAUGUUUUAUAUAGAUACACCAUUUGACUCUGAAGACUUAGUUGAGGCUGAUGGUAUGGCCAUAGCUUCCUAUUUUACCUUCUUUUUCAUGGUUGCAUUCAAGUAUCGACAAUGUCAUAUUGUAGCAAAAAUAGUGGACAAAAUAGAAAAGAUGUGUAAAAAACUUGGCCAAGAACUAGCUGAUUGCCCUAUGAUUGCUAGAAAUGCCCAGGAGCUACAAAAAAGAAAAGAUCUAAAAUCUCAGAUUGAAAAUCUUAAAAAAGAGUUAAAAAGUCUAUCUGAGAGAUUUGACAUCAAGUACUGUCAGAAAUGGGUCAAGCAUGUACACUGCAUUCAAUCGGAGGUGAAAAAGAAAUUUGAAAAAAUGCUCAGGAAAAAGUUUGACAGUGUAACAGUCCCAAGAAAUAUUACUAUUCAUGACUUAUGUCUUUCAUGUAUGAUAAAUUUGAGUCUCACAAAUGGUUCAGGGUUUUAUCUCUCAGAAGAACCUGAAUCAAUAUCUGAUGGUCGACGAUUAAUUCUGAAACAUAAAGAGUCCCUAGAAUUUCUAGAUGAUCAGAUUCCAAAAGAUAAAUUACAAAUUAAAAAGCUGUUAGGUAUAUCUGACAUGCAUCAAGUGAUAGUGAAUCCAAGAAAUCAUCCCAAGUAUGAGUUUUACUUUGAAGCCUUAAGUAAAAACAAAUAUUUAAAAGCUGGGAGUGUUUUCUUGUAUCAAGUGUUUCCUACAGACCUGCUCAACUGGCAUAGAAUAUUUAUAAAAGAAAUCAAAGACAAUGAAAUGGAGAGUGUCUCCAGAAUAAUUGAUUUUUUCAAGGACUCGUCAUUUCUAAAUAAAAAUGAUAGUAAAACAGGCCACACUGCUCUCCAUGUAGCUGCUAAAUGUGGACAUUUGGAAAUAGUUCAGCUACUGUUAGAGCACGGAGCUGACAUCAAUGCCAAAAGCAAUUUGCAAUGUUCUCCAAUUUUGUAUGCUGCUGAAGGAGGCCACAAAGAAGUUUCUCAUUUGUUAAUAGAGUGGGGCUGUGAUGUACAUGUUAAAAAUCUUAAAGGACUUGGACCUUUUGAUGUGGCCAAAAGCACUGAUCUUAAACUAUUUUUAGCUGAUCUCUAUGACUUUUAUUCAUCCAUUGUGCCUGUGAUUAUGAAAGGUAAUGAGGAGUUUAUGGAGGAUGUUAUACGAGAUCAUUUGACUGGACAGAGGACAUUUUGCUCUUUGAGAAGCAGAUGCAUCAAUGGUAGCACACUGCUACACACAGCCAGCUAUUUUGGAUUUGUGAAGAUCAUUGAGUCUUUGCUUCAACUUAAUGUAGAUGUCAAUGUAAGAGACUAUAAAGGAGCUACACCAUUACACAGAACUAGAGAUUGUAAAACUAUGAUGUUACUGUUAGAAAAAGGUGCUGAUAUAGAAAGUGAAGAUUCAGAAGGAAACACUUGCCUACAUAUCAACUGUUAUGGUGACACUAAUAAACCAACAAACAUGGACUGCAUCAAAUUGCUUUUGGAUCAAGAAGCCAGCUUUUUAAAAAGAAACAAAAAGAACCUUCUUCCGAUCCAUUGUUGUGUAAUGCAAGGUCGUGUUGAUGCCAUAGACUUGUUAUUAAGUCAUGACACUGACAAAUCUAUUUCUAAAGCUCUUUUUGAUGACACCAACAGAAGUCUGCCAAGUCUUCCAUUUCUAGCUCUUGCUAAUAAUUUUAUUCAAUGUGCAGAAUGGCUUCUGAAAAAAGGAUUUGGUUUCAAAGCUAAAGAACAAGACAAUUUGCUGCUAAACAUAUUAACACAUAGAAUGAAAAUAUUUCCACUUAAGCAGGCGGUUGAAGUUCUUUUACAAAAUGGUGCAGACCCUAAUUUAAUUUAUUUGGAUGGCAAUAUGUCAUUGCAUCACGCUGUUAAAUCAAACAGCCUGACAGAUAUUGUAGAACUGUUGUUGUCUUAUGGUGCUGUUAUUGACAGCCCAAACAAUGAUGGUAUCUCACCACUAAUGAUGGCAUGCAAGGCAAACAACAUUAUAGCUGCUAAGAUUCUUAUCCAGAAUGGAGCUGCCAUUAAAAGUAGAAAUAUUCGAAAUUUUUCAGCAUUUGAUUUUAUUUCUGAUUAUGAAGAAUGGAUUGGCUCUGGUUACUUCUCAAAUGACAUUGUAUCAAAAUUAAAAGCUUGCAGUUUCAAACAGACACGUGAGCUGAUUCAGACCAUUUCCAAGCGAGUCAAAUCAGCCUCUGUAGCGAGUACACCAUUCCAACUUUCAGGCAGGACCAUUAGAUCAGCUCCGCCGUCCCACCUUAGUUACAGGCCAUUACAAUCUGCCCCUGGAUCAAGGAGGAGUCAAAAAAGUCUUCAUUCAGCCCAUCAUCAAAGUCAGACAAGAUCCCUCUCAGCCAAAUCCUAUCACUCCCUUGAAUCUCUCUGGCCAGCUGUAUUAUACAAUGCCAAUGUUUAGCAUAUUAAAUUUUAACUAUUAUCUAUUUAUUUUUAAAUACAUUUUGUACUUCGGUAUAGCUAGCUGUCUUUCUUAUUGUUAUUUUUUAAAAAGUACAAUAAUUUGUAAGCCUUUUUUUAUUAUUACUAAUAAUAAUAAUAAAGUUGAUGACUCCUCUAUUAUUAUUAUUAUGAGUUAUAUGAUAUAGCUACGUGCGCAUCAUAUAAAUGUGGAAUGGUGCGAAUGCAUGUUGAAAGGAGAGGAGAACCAAAAUGAAGGCAUACAAACAAAAUAGUGUUUACAAUGGUAAUUAAGAUUAAAUUAUUUCUCAACUAUGAUUUUGUCGUUUUGGUGUAUUAAGAUGUAACAAGUGGCCCUCAUGUUGGUGUAUUGUUAAAGAGUCUCAUUACAUAUUAUGACAUAACAAAUAUGAUAAUAAAAGUUGGUUUGUUGUCUAACAUCUUGGGCUGAUGAAAAUUUCUUAGAACUAUAACAAAAUGUUUUCCGUAAUAGCAUUGAUGGGUCACACAAUAGUUUUUUGGAAUAACCACUUUCAACUGAAUGGCUUUCCUUUCAAGUGUGUGUAGGAUUACAAAUGAAGGUGGGAUGCGUGUUCGUAAGGUUAAGUAAUGCUUGAACUUGACUAGCUAUGAAGGGGGCUCGAGGUUCGACACCUGACUUGAGUAGAGUUGUGUUUACUGAGCACCUAAAGGCAGCACAGAAAAACCUUCUCCUAGAUACCCCCUCCACCCAACAGGUCCACAAAUGAGAUUGGACCAUAGCGCUGAGAUGCUAUAAGCAUGAAAGUAGCGAUAUUUUUAUUUUUGUUUACACAAGAUCACCUAACCCAGCAUUCAUUUUAAUAGUUCUGCAGUCAGUGUUUAUGAUCAGAUAACAAUUUCUAUAACAUUAAUCCAGAAAAGUGUUCUUUUGUACUGCCAGAUAUAAGAAACAACUGUUUUAAAAAACUCCAUUCAAAUUACAGUGGUUUUGUGUAGCAGGCAGAUCAGUUCUUGUAUAAUAAUGUAUACCUUUGAUACAAGUCAGUCACCAUUGUGAUUGCAUGUUCACAUUAUUAUUGCAACUUGACCAAUGGAGGGGAAAAAAAAGGAACUCUACUGUACAUUACUUUAGUUCAUCAUUUUGUUAAUAAUCUCAGGGGCACUGCAGAUCUAUAAAUAUUUGUAUUUUUUUGCUAUAUGUAUAUAUUGUAAUAAAAGAAGUCAAAAAAAAAGUUCAUUAUUUUUAGUUCUUUAAUAGAAAUAACAAAACAAUUUCAAGCCAGAACAGUGAACUCAACUCUUACAAUAUAACUUAAACUUUUCAGCUCUGUCAAAUUGGAUUUGAUCUUCCUCCCUCUCAUUCUUCCCACAUUUUUAUUUGUACAUACAAGGGAAUAGACUGAGACCUAAAGUCAAUGAACUUAAUCAUGUCUCUAGUUGACAUGCAGCUAUUUACUGACAAAACAGAUUAUGUCUAUUCAUGUUUUGAAACACAUGCUUAUACAUUCACACAGUCAAAUUGUGCCACUUGAUGGAACAUCUGAAAGAGAAUGUCAGUUAGUAGAUAAAUACAUUAAACAACAACACUGUCAUGUAGCUGGUUGCAUGCCCUGGGGAAAAAAAAAUAUUAAAAAUUUUAACUUUUCAAAAACUGGUCUCAGGCUUUUUAUUUUUCCUAUAACAUGGAUUCAGAAUUGCUUUGCCAAAUUUCUAAAAGAGAAAAAUCAAAAUAAUAAAAGUAAACUUUAUGGCCAGUUACUGCAUGAAAGUACAGCCAAACAAAUCUGUUCCAAAAAAGAGAUAAAAUUAUUAGUCAAUAUAAAAAAAAAAAAGAAGCCCUUAAAACUGGUGCUGGUCCAAUGAGAAGAU